AUGACAUCUCCAAUUGAAGAAGAGGGAACUGUAAAAGGAGUGAAAUACAAGACAGCAAGUGGUCAGGAUUUGAAAGAAUUUGCUCCUCUUAGAAUUAUGCCUUGUGAGCUAUAUAGUACCUUCAUGUCAGCAAUUGAUGAAGGAAACAUAAGAUCAAUGCCAAAUAGAAGCAUGUUAGCUGCUGCUCAUCCCACUCCAGGUGCACUUUUACUAGGGGAUGCCUUCAACACGAGGCAUCCGCUAAUCGGAGGAGGAAUGACAAUAGCUUUAUCCGAUAAUGUUGUGCUUCGGGAUCUUCUUAGAAAUCUAAGAAACUUGAACAAUGCAUAUGCUUUGUGCAAGUAUCUUGAAUCCAUUUACACGUUGCGUAAGGUGAGUAGCAUUAUUGUGUACUAG